AUGGAGAAAGAUACCAAGUCAUCCCCAGAACCUUCCCUGGCCCAAGUCCCAUCCCUUGAGUCUGGUGUUAUGCUCGAAAAUGCAGACCAACUUUCCCGACGGCUCAACAAUCGACAAGUUCAGCUGAUUGCCGUGGGUGGUGCGGUCGGCACCGCCUUGUUCAUCAGCAUCGGCGGUGCUCUCACAAAAGGGGGUCCCUUGAGCUUGUUGCUCGCCUAUACCUUCUACAGCUGCAUCAUGGCUAUGGUGAACAACUGCAUCGCCGAAAUGGCCACCCUCCAUCCAGUCGCCGGAGGGUUUGUGCGCAUGGCUGGAAAAUGGGUCGAUGAGGCGUUUGGUUUCAUGGCCGGCUGGAAUUUCUUCUUCUACGAGGCUCUCGUGGUGCCGUUCGAGAUCACAGCCAUGGGGAUCGUGAUUGGAUUCUGGUCCGAUAACGUCCCUACUGCCGCCGUGUGUGCAGGCUGCAUUGUGGUAUAUGUUCUCAUCAACUCUCUCACUGUCCGUGCUUAUGGUGAAGCCGAGUUCUGGCUCUCUGGUGGAAAGGUCAUUCUCAUAUUCAUCCUCUUCUCCUUCACCUUUGUCACCAUGGUCGGUGGCAACCCCAAACAUGACGCCUAUGGAUUCCGCUACUGGAAAGAUCCGGGUAGCAUGACCGAGUACCUAUCUUCCGGAAGCCUGGGUCGUUUCGAGGGACUCCUCGCAUGCUUGUGGAGCGCUGCUUUCACCAUUGUCGGUCCGGAGUACAUUUCCAUGGCAUCUGCCGAAACGAAGCGUCCGAGAAUCUACAUCAAAACCGCAUUCAAGACCGUCUACUGGCGUUUCGGUGCCUUUUUCAUCGUUGGCGCCCUGGCCGUCGGUAUUGUCGUCCCUUAUAACGACCCAACCUUAGUAGGCAUCAAUAACGGCACUCAAAGUGGCGGGGGUACUGGUGCUGCCUCACCUUAUGUGAUCGCCAUGACGAAUCUCGGGAUCGGUGGCUUGCCUCAUCUCGUCAAUGCCUUGAUCUGCACCAGUAUCUUUUCAGCAGGCAACACCUACUUCUACGCCGCGACGAGAGCUCUUUACGGCCUGUCGCUCGAGGGCCGCGCCCCAGCUUUCCUCAAGAAGUGUACCAAGAGAGGCGUGCCUCUGUACUGCGUCGUCGUCACGGCCAUCUUUCCGUGCCUGUCUUUCCUCUCUCUCUCGAGUGGAUCUGCUGUCGUGCUCAACUGGCUCAUUAACUUGGUGACGGCUGGCUCAUUGAUCAACUUUGUCGUCAUACUCAUCACCUACUUGGUCUUCUACAACGCCUGCAAGGCACAAGGCGUCGAUAGACGCACAUUUCCCUACUUCGCCUGGGGACAACCAUACUGUGCCUGGGUCGCUUUGGUCUCGGAACUUGUCAUCCUCUUCUUCUUCGGCUACACCAGCUUCGACCCACCCAGCGCAGACACCUUCUUCUCGUGCUAUACCAUGGUGGUCCUGGCCCCGUUCACGUACGGGUUCUGGAAGCUCUUCAAGAAAACACAGUUUGUCAAGGCCCAGGAGGUGGAUCUCGUCUGGGAGAGACCAGUUAUCGACGCGUACGAGGACAGUUUUGUGAGCCCCCCAGUAGGGUUUUGGACCGAGACCGCUCAAAUAUUUGGCUUCAAGAGAGACAAGGUCGACGAUGAUCGCCGAAGGUCCGUCACUGCUUAG